AUGCCUGUUAUUGAAAUUAACGAUCAAGAGCAAUUUACUUACCUAACUACCACUGCGGCCGGCGACAAGUUAAUCGUGCUUUAUUUCCAUACCAGUUGGGCAGAACCAUGCAAAGCAUUAAAGCAGGUUUUUGAGGCCAUUAGUAAUGAGCCUUCCAAUUCCAACGUCUCUUUCUUAUCCAUUGAUGCGGACGAAAACUCGGAAAUUUCAGAACUUUUUGAAAUCUCAGCUGUUCCAUAUUUUAUCAUAAUUCACAAAGGGACAAUCUUAAAAGAAUUAUCCGGCGCGGAUCCAAAGGAGUAUGUGUCUUUAUUAGAAGACUGCAAGAACUCAGUCAAUUCCGGAUCAUCACAAACUCAUACUAUGGAAAAUGCAAACGUAAAUGAGGGGAGUCAUAAUGAUGAAGACGAUGACGACGAAGAAGAGGAAGAAGAAACUGAGGAGCAAAUAAACGCUAGAUUGACUAAAUUGGUCAAUGCCGCGCCGGUAAUGUUAUUUAUGAAGGGGAGCCCCUCUGAACCUAAAUGCGGGUUUUCGAGACAACUUGUGGGUAUCUUGAGAGAACAUCAAGUAAGAUUUGGCUUCUUUGAUAUAUUAAGAGACGAAUCUGUUAGACAAAACUUGAAAAAGUUUUCUGAAUGGCCAACUUUCCCUCAACUUUAUAUAAAUGGGGAGUUUCAAGGCGGUUUAGACAUUAUCAAGGAAUCCUUGGAGGAAGACCCUGAUUUUUUGCAGCAUGCUCUCCAAUCUUAA